CCGGCUUCCGGGAGGCGGGUGCUGUCGCAGCCGCCGCUUCGGGGUCGCCGCGGGUGUCUGUGUGUCCCUCCUCCCUCAAGUAUUCACGCCCGUGUCGCAGCCGGGGCCGGGGCAGAGGAGCAGGUGGGGCCCCAGGUAGCGGCACAGCCCGAGCGGGUCCUGUGCGGCACCGCCGCCCGCCCGCGGGUGACCGUCCCUCUGCACUCACCGCCGGCGCGCGCAAGAGUCGGUGCGCCCGUGCUCACUGCCGUCCCCCUCAGGUAUUCCGCGACCGCAGGUGUCCGCGCCCAAGCCAUGGUGGACGUGCUGGGCGGCCGGCGCCUGCUGACCCGGGACGGCGCGUGGGUGGAGGCCGAGGAGGAGCUGCAGAACAAGGUCGUGGCGCUGUACUUCGCCGCCGGCUGGUGCGCGCCCAGCCGCGACUUCACGCCGCUGCUCUGCCACUUCUACGUGCAGCUGGUGGCCGAGGCGCGGCCGCCCGCUCCCUUCGCGGUGGUGUUUGUGUCGGCCGACGGCAGCGCGCAGGAGAUGCUGGAUUUCAUGCGCGAGCUGCACGGCGCCUGGCUGGCGCUGCCCUUCCACGAUCCCUUCCGGCAGGAGCUGAGGACCAGGUACCACAUCACAGCCAUCCCCAGGCUGGUGAUUGUGAAACCAAGCGGGGAGGUCAUCACCGACAAAGGGCGGAAGCAGAUCCGGGAGCGGGGGCUGGCCUGCUUCCAGAGCUGGGUGGAGGCGGCCAACAUCUUUCAGAAUUUCUCCGGGUGACGCCGGGGGUCUCGGGGGCACCUGCUGCUGCAUCCUGAGCACGGGAAGGGGAGCGGCCGUUUCCUCCCCUCCCGCACUGGUACGGUUUAUGUCCCGGCAGAGAGAAACACUGCCAGGGAGGAUCCCGUAGCCUGCGGAUCCUUAUUUCUAGCACUCUUAGCAGAGCUGUCUUCACGCGAGCCUGAGUAUGCUCCCGUUGGGCUCUUGGGAAUCCAUGGAAAACACGUCUUUAUACCACUCCUCAGGUGAAAGAACACAUUUACGAAUACAUCUUCUGGAGACCUACUUCGGUUACUGCUAAGUUCUCACGACUCAUGUAUCACUGAAGUUUGCAGAAUCUGUACGCUUUAAUAAACAUUUCCGGCACAGCC